GUAAUCGGACCUCGGCUCAGUUUCCGAGGACAAUAGAGCACGCCAACAAGAUAACACAACCUUAAGCUACCAACUCCCUACUUACGACGAGAUCCUUACUAUCUCCAGCCCUUUAUCCUGUAUUUACCUAAUUAUCUUCUCAUAAGAUAUGAGACCUAGUCAUUACUGUCAUCUGCGAGCUGAUCACUAUAUUCUGAUAUCCUGAGCUCACCAUUCCAUCCCUCGACCUCGCAAUAAUAGUUGAAGUCUCGUAGGAACCGAGACUGCGCCGAACCAGACUAGACCAGACCAGAUCAAAUUGAAAGCAUGGCCUCAAAACCAGUCAUCCCUCAAAAUGACAAUGUUGCGCACGCGCUCGCUGGCGCUGGAGGAGGAGUCCUAUCCAUGGUUCUGACAUACCCACUCAUCACCCUCUCCACACGCGCACAAGUCGAGUCGAAGCGAGCCGAGACAGACUUCCUCAAAGCCGUGAAGCGCAUCGUGGCGCGCGAGGGCGUCGCCGGCUUAUACGCGGGGCUCGACAGCGCCGUAUUCGGCAUCAGCGUGACCAACUUCGUCUACUACUACUGGUACGAGUGGACGCGCGCCUUCUUCGAGGCCGCCGCGGCGCGCUCGGGGCGGGCGUCCAAGAAGCUGACGACGGUGGAGUCGAUGAUGGCGGGCGCGCUGGCGGGUUCCGCGACCGUGAUCCUGACGAACCCGAUCUGGGUCGUCAACACGCGGAUGACGACGCGGCGCGAGUCGCUCGAGGCGUCGCAGGAGAUCGUCGUCGAGGGCAGCGGCGCCAAGGCCGUCCCGGAGAAGCCCAAGGCGCCCACCACCCUCGGCACGCUGAUGGCGCUGCUGCGCGAGGAGGGGCCCCAGGCUCUGUUCCGCGGCGUCAUCCCCGCCCUCGUCCUCGUCAUCAACCCCAUCCUCCAGUACACCCUCUUCGAGCAGAUGAAGAACAUAUUCGAGGCCCGCCGGAAGCGCAAUGCCACGCCCACCCUGGCCUUCUUCCUGGGCGCUCUGGGCAAGUUGUUCGCCACGUCCAUCACAUACCCCUACAUCACGGUGAAGAGCCAGAUGCACGUCGCCGGCAACGGCCAGAAGGAGGGCAUGACCCAGGCUAUAAACCGCGUUAUUAAGGAAGAGGGUUACUCAGGGCUAUACAAGGGCAUUGGUCCCAAGGUUACCCAGAGCGUGCUCACCGCCGCUUUCCUUUUCGCCUUCAAGGACGUCUUGUACGAGCAGACCAUCAAACUACGGGGCACCAUGGCCCGUAGGGCCGUCAAGGCUUAAGAAGUAGUUGCCCUGGACCCAAGUGUGUAGAAAUAUGGAGCGAACAAGAGGCGCUAAAGACUACAGGUUCAAGUCGGCGCAAGUGGUAAGUCAUAUAUGUUGGGUGUGCGCCCAGCAUAAAAAAGACCCCCAGUAGUAGUCAGGCACUGUGGGAGGAGAGUGGGUGGAAGCCAUGUAAUAUGUAUCUAUGCUAGAGAUGUGUAAGGAUAGGCACUGUUUUGGA